AUGUUCCGCUGUGGGCUAAGUCGACUGUACAAGGGUUUAUCUAGACCCACUGGACACAUCGUCCAGCCCAUCUGGUGUUCUUUCCCCAGAAGUCUGGUGCUGAGUCCACAGAGGAGAAUUCCAGAUUUCAACAGCUUUGUUGGACGGACCAACACAUGUGGAGAGCUGCGUACUUCUCACUUAGGCCAAGAAGUUACCCUUUGUGGGUGGAUUCAGUACCGACGGCAAAACAUAUUCCUGGUCCUGAGAGAUUUCCAAGGGCUUGUUCAAGUUGUCAUUCCCCAGGAUGAGUCAGCUGCUUCUGUGAAGAAGAUUUUAUGUGAAGCCCCUGUGGAAUCUGUGGUACAAGUGUCUGGGACAGUCGUUUCCCGACCUCCAGGACAAGAGAAUCCAAAAAUGGCAACAGGUGAAAUUGAAAUCAAAGUUAAAACAGCUGAGCUUCUGAAUUCCUGCAAGAAGCUGCCCUUUGAAAUUAAGGAUUUUGUGAAGAAAACAGAGGCUCUUCGAUUGCAGUAUCGCUACUUAGACUUGCGUAGUUUCCAAAUGCAGUAUAACCUGAGGCUGAGGUCCCAGAUGGUCAUGAAAAUGCGAGAAUACCUCUGUAAUCUGCAUGGGUUUGUAGAUAUUGAAACACCAACGUUGUUCAAGAAGACUCCAGGGGGUGCAAAAGAGUUUGUGGUACCAUCAAGGGAACCUGGAAAGUUUUAUUCUCUCCCUCAGAGUCCUCAACAGUUUAAACAGCUUCUGAUGGUUGGUGGCCUGGACAGAUAUUUUCAGGUUGCCCGAUGUUAUCGAGAUGAAGGUUCAAGACCAGACAGACAGCCUGAAUUCACUCAGAUUGACAUAGAGAUGUCUUUUGUAGACCAGACGGGGAUCCAGAGUCUAAUUGAAGAUUUGCUCCGGUAUUCCUGGCCGAAGGACAAAGAUCCUUUGAUUGUUCCUUUUCCUUCUAUGACUUUUGCUGAGGCAUUGUCUACUUACGGGACUGAUAAACCUGACACUCGUUUUGGAAUGAAGAUUGUAGAUAUCAGUGAUAUGUUCAGAAACACAAAGAUUGAAAUUCUUCAAGAUGUACUUAGCCAGCCCCAAGGAACCAUCAAAGCCAUUUGUAUCCCUGAAGGAACAAAAUACUUUAAAAGGAAAGACGUAGAGACCAUAAGAAAAUUGGCGACUGAUCAAUUUAAUCAGGAAAUCUUACCUGUGUUCCUGAACGCUAAUUUAAAUUGGAAUUCUCCCGUUGCUAAAUCCAUAAUGGAGGAGCAAAAGUUGGAACUACUUAGACUACUGGAGAUCCAAGAAGAAGAUAUGGUCCUACUAACUGCCGGAGAGCAUAACAAAACAUGCUCUUUACUGGGAAAAUUACGACUGGAAUGUGCUGACCUUCUAGAAGCUAGAGGAAUGGUGCUCCGUGACUCAGCUCUGUUCUCUUUUCUUUGGGUGGUGGAUUUCCCACUCUUCCUUCCUAAGGAAGACAAUCCUGGCGAGCUGGAGUCAGCCCACCACCCUUUUACUGCUCCCCACCCCAGUGACAUCCACCUCCUGUACACUGAACCUGAAAAGGUCCGUAGCCAGCACUAUGACUUGGUUUUAAAUGGCAGUGAGAUCGGAGGCGGCUCCAUCCGUAUUCAUGAUGCAGAACUACAGCGUUACAUCCUGGCAACAUUACUAAAGGAAGAUGUGAAAUUGCUCUCCCAUCUGCUCCAAGCUUUAGAUUAUGGAGCACCCCCUCAUGGAGGAAUCGCUUUAGGGUUAGACAGACUGCUAUGCCUUGUCACUGGAGCUGCAAGCAUCAGAGAUGUCAUAGCCUUCCCAAAAUCCUUCCGGGGACACGACCUCAUGAGCAAUGCUCCAGAUUAUAUCCCUCCGGAAGAACUGAGACCCUAUCAUAUCCAGGUCUCUAGGCCAACAGACUCAGAGGCAGAAAAGAGCUCAUUGAAUCACCCACCUGAUCCAGAAAAUUAAGCUUUUGAGUUUUGUCCUCUUUGCUUUCCCAGGGCUAAAAUUGGAUCUGGAGUUCUACCUCAGAUCUGACAAUCAGGUCUUUAGAUGAAAGGUUUCCAAACAACAUUCUUUACCACAGUGAAGAAACAAAAGAUUUCUAAUUUUGACCUGCUAGCACACAUUAUUAGAGUUUUGUGGGGGUUGUUUUUGGUUUUUGGACUUUUUUUUAAAGUUUCUUUUUAUUAGAAGAGAUGUGAAAGGUGGUCUUUGUUGAA